UCGUUAAAUUAACACUUUACAGUCAAUAUAAAAUGGCUGACGAAAUGGAAGUAGAUCGCGAAACGGCUAAGAAACCAGAGAAAAUGUUCACUCUUAAGAAAUGGAAUUUGGUUGCUAUGUGGAGCUGGGAUGUUGAGUGUGAUACUUGUGCAAUAUGUCGUGUCCAAGUCAUGGAUGCUUGUUUGAGGUGUCAAUCUGAAAACAAACAAGAUGAUUGUGUGGUUGUAUGGGGAGAAUGUAAUCAUUCCUUUCAUCUAUGCUGUAUGACAUUGUGGGUACAACAGAACAAAAGAUGUCCUCUUUGUCAGCAAGACUGGGAAGUCCAAAGAAUAGGAAAAUAAGAUGUAGAUAUCACUGUAACAGUAUUGUCUUUAAUGUACAAGAAGCUUCACCUGUAUAAAUCUUGAUCUGUUGGAUGUAGAAUUUACAGAAAUAACUCAUUAUUUGAAAAACAAACUUUUGCAGAUUGUUCAUCAGCAGAGAAUAACAAAGUUCUGAUCAAGUUGAGUUGGAUAAUGCCUCAUUACUGUCAUCCAACAUAUUUCCAGUUUCCCCAAGACAAUAUAACUUAUUUUCCUAAGGAGACUCUUUACAAUGACAUUUGUAGUAUUUGAACUGAAUUGUAUUUAAGUAUAUUAUUAAUUUUUUAUGAUGAAUAUAUUUAUUGUGUGUAUGAAGUAAGAAAAUUAAAAUGUAAUAUUUUUA